GUCGGUAUUUGUCGCCUAGUCAAACGUUAGCUACUAUCGUGUGUGGUUGGAUUGUACCAGUUAGUCGUGUCCGGUAAUUUGAUCAUCGAUCGCAUCGGCAACCGUUGUAAGAAGAAUAACUUGACAAAAAGUGCACUUGGAAGACAUCCAUAGUUUUUGGUGAACCGUAACCGAAGCGAAGACAAUAAAAAUGGCAAACAAUAUCACUCUUGACACCGAAGACAAAUUGGAGUACCAAUUCUACCCGGCCAGCAAUGGUGUGGUCAACUUCAAGGUACGGGCAGCGAACGAUGCCCACGUGGCUCUGACCAGUGGCCCGAUGGAAUCCGAACCCAUGCUGGAGGUAUUUAUCGGUGGGUGGAAGAACACCAAAUCCGUCAUCCGCAAAAACCGCAGCAAACCGGACGUGUGCGAGGUGGAAACUCCUGACAUCCUAAACCCGGGCGAGUUCCGUGGUUUCUGGAUCAAAUGGAUAGAUAAUGUCAUCACCGUUGGUAUGGAGGGAGCAGCUGCGGCGUUCCUAUCCUAUGAAAACCCAGAUGCAUACGACAUCAAUUUUGUCGGUGUGUGCACCGGAUGGGGAGCGACCGGAUCGUGGAUCAUUGAAAAGAACGACCAACCGGAAGCAGCGGCUCAGGUUUCAGUCGGUGGUGGUGCAGCUUGCUGGGUACCAGCGCAAAACGGAGAAAUUCCACCGAAUGCCUUCGUCGGAGGUGCCGACGGGGAAGAUAUGUAUGUCAUCCGUGCUCAGCAUGAGGGAGCCAUCAUUCCCGGCAAACUGCUGGCUUCGCAUGGUGUUGCCUACGUUGCUUGGGGUGGCGUUGAAAACCCAAAAACGGAAUACGAGGUUCUAUGCGACGCAAACGGUACAUUUGUUCCGGUCAGUGGUGGAGACAUUCCUCCGAAUGCCAUCCCUGCCGGCGAAAGCGAAGAUGGUGAGCCUCUCUUCAUUGGGCGUGUAUCGCACGAAGGUACCAAUACGGUUGGAAAGGUUCAGCAAUCGCACGGAGUGUGCUACAUUCCCUUUGGCGGACAGGAGCUAUCAUUCGCCGAUUACGAGAUCUACGUUAGCCAGUAGACGCAGGAUCGUCCACUUUGUUGGGUAUGAAUUUUCACGCAGCCGCCUUAUGCAAGUGAAAUGGCUUUUAGAUCUGAUUCGUCUAUAAGGUCUGUUUUGUCGGAUAGAACGUUCGCUCGUACGUACUGCUUGUAACCACAGAUGCCUGCACAAACUUAUUUAUUGUUGAUUCAUAAAAUAAUAAUAUCAGUUAAAUAUAACCACAUGCUUCCACAAAUGCCUACGCGCAUUG